AGUUGUUUAAAAUUAUUUCCUUUAUUUGUGCUAUAUGUAAUAUUUUACUGAUUUUAACCAUGAUGUGGACCGAAAAGUUGAAGGCAGUUGGAAACCAUAUGCACUUCGUUUGUUUAUUUUGACCUGAAACAUUAUGUGAAGGCGAUAAUAAAGCUCAUUUUGGACAGGGAUAGGGUAUCACGUACUCAAGAGGGAAAGGGAGGGACUGAAACACACUAGUGUAGUGAAAUAUGGAUUGAAUCACGUGCUUUACUUUCAUCCCUGUAGGAGCGCGUGUAGUCGUUUGAAUUCACCCUGUGGCGCGAGGGAUUUCAGUUCAGGAGUUGAUGAGAUGAAAAUGUGCGAUUUUAGGGGGGGAAAACCCGGACGAUCUAAAUGAUUGGGUUUGACGGUCAUGAUAAUCCUGGAGAACAUUUGGAGAGAUGUAUCAAAGCCACGGGAGUGCAGCUUUCACUUACGGACUUUUUACAGACAUGGCAGCACGACUGGACCUGAACACCACCACCCAAAUGCACAAGAAGAUCACAGAUGCAGUCACAUCUAGCUCCAAUGCUGACUCUGUCACCUCCAGGCCAGAUGAUGAGUGGCUUCUUGAGUCUUCUCUUGUCUCAGAAGCAGAGUGCAUCUGGGACACCAUGGCCUCCUUUUUGCCCUCUUCACUGCCAAACUGUCCAUGUCUCCUGUCACAGUGUUUCAAUCCAGAGCUGCUCCAUUCUGGGACAAGAGACAGAUCUCAGGAUCCAGACAAAGAACACAGCAAUCAACCUAGAUCCAUUGAGGAGUGUGAGAGGAGGAGAGCCCGCAGGGAAAGGAACAGAAUAGCAGCUGCUAGAUGUCGGGAUCGUCGACGCAUGCUUACGGACACGUUACAAAACGAGACUGAGCAGUUGGAGCGUGUGAAGGCUCAGCUGGAGGCAGAGAUUGCUGGGCUGGAGAGGGAGAAAGAAAGGCUGGAGUUCGUUCUGGAGGCCCAUAAGCCUGUCUGUAAGAUGGAUGGCUCUAAUCUUGAAUAACCAUCAACCCUGAACAAGUUCAGAACUGAGUCUGCAGGUUCAGAUCAGUCCUGACAGUUGAUAUUUUAGUUUAAGAAAGCUGAAAGGCAAUUAUGUUACCAUGUUAAACAUAAGCAACAUUACAUUUUGCAUGUUGUUCACAAAUAGUACUGAAUAGUAAAUUUUUAUAGAAUUCCUAUUUUUCAUUCUAAACUGUUUAGAAAUUAAAUAAUCAAACUCUUAGCCACCCCAGUGAGCAUGAAGUUGUAUUAUAAAUAGUCAGCAUGGCCUGACAUAGAAUGACCCAUAAAAAUGUCCCAUAAAAAAGCAAUUGGUUUAUUCUUUCUGGGUUUUUAUUUUGGUCCAUAUGAACUUUGAUGUCUUGUGUAGACCACACAGUCACACUUAUCUGUGUCCAUAUUCACAUCUAUUAAAAAACCCUUUUACUCCAGACAUUGCAUGAACCUUUGGCAAAAACACUUUUCUGAAUGUUUUUGUGCUCACUGGGACCCAGUUGUAGGCCCUAUGUCUUGCCUGGUGCUGGAAAAAAAAAACCUUUAUUAAUGCAUAACCACAAUAGAAAAUAACUUGUACAAAUUCUGCAACAUAACACAGAUGUGGCCAGUAACUUAUGUCAGUGAAACACAAUAAAGAUUCUUAGUGAACGUAUUAGAUUGUGACUGGAUCAUUUCCUUAAAUCGUUCAUUUGAAUUAAUGGAAUUCUUUAGUUUUAUAUAAGAAGAAGGGUUGGAAGAAGACCAAAAAAUUUCUAUAGAAAACAAAAAGGACACAGAAACAAUUACACUUUUGUUAAUUAAUUAUCUUUUUAGCAGAAAAUCAGAUUCCUGUAUGAAUAUACAAAUUGGAAAUGCCCCCUUCUCCUUAUGUAGGUUCUGCAUGAUCUGCAGCUUACAUUAGCAUAUUGAAACAUGACUGGCUCUUAUACCUGCAAACUAGUCGCUUUUCAGCGAAAUUCGCCGUUUU